AUGGGUGCACUGUGUUGCAAGCCAGAGGUCAGUCCUCCCGUCCCACUCUCUCUCCUUCUCGAGUCUCCACGCGAUCGCCACGUGAGCCGCCGCCAAACAAUGGGCCGACCCCAUCUCUGUUUCCGGUGUGGAUUGACACGGCCCAGCAUUGAGCGCGUUAGAGGCACUUCUGCCGGUUAAGAGUCAUCAUUUGGACGACAAGUUGCCGGAUCGAGCCACCCAAGGCUGACCACUCAUUCGGGACGAGUCUCAUGGACCGGGGCACGGGCACUCGAUCUCGGCCCUCUACUCGGACAUCCCGCACGAGUUGACGACGAAGACUCGAACUGACGCCUCCAAACACCCUUCUUCCCCACAUAGGCUGUGGACUUUGAUGGACCGGUCGAUUUAUACCAUUUCUACCUGCUGCGAUCCGUCGGCAAAGGGGCUUUCGGAAAGGUCAGUUCAAUCAGCUCGCACCCAUUCAUCGUCCCCGCCCCUCGUGCUCGUGGGGGCAAGAGCGAGCAGCCCGGGUCAUCCGUUGCUGAUCUCCUCUGUCAUCGAGCGCACAGGUCCGAGUCGUUCAACACAAACAAACAAAAGCGUUGUACGCGCUCAAGUACAUCAACAAAGCGCGCAUCUCGAAGCAGCGUGCCGUCAACAACAUCAUCCAGGAACGGCGGCUGCUCGAAGAGAUCGACUCGCCAUUCGUGUGCAACUUGCGCUUCGCCUUCCAGGAUGACGAAAACUUGUUCAUGGUACUGGACUUGAUGCUCGGGGGUGAUUUGAGGUUUCAUCUUGAUCGGUUAGGUGCCAUGAAGGAGGACGUCGUCAGAUUCUAUGUCGCCGAAAUGGCACUUGCAUUAGGGGAUCUGCAUCGGAGAGGGAUCGUGCACCGGUGAGCAGUACAUGGGCAACGCACUUGAUACCUUGAACGCAGUUUUCUCAUGCCCUUUGCUCUUCUCGCGCACUGCAGGGAUCUGAAACCGGACAACAUCCUCCUGGACGAAAGAGGGCACGCCCACUUGACCGACUUCAACAUCGCCGUUCACUUUACCGAGGAACGAGCCUUGACCUCAGUAGCCGGUUCGAUGGCCUACAUGGCGCCCGAGGUGCUGGCCAAACGAGGGUACUUCUCGACCGUCGACUGGUGGUCGUUGGGUGUCGUCGCGUACGAGUUGUUGUUUGGGAAACGACCUUAUCGGGGCAAGACGAACUCGUCUUUGACGACGGCGAUUAUGCGGGAUCAGAUUCGGUUCCCUGAAAAUGCGGGCGAGAUCCUCAGCCCGGAUGGGAUGGCUUGUAUCAGAGGGGUCAGUAUGAAAUUGGCUCGUUUACCGGAGGACCGCUCGGACUUACUGAUUGGGGUCUCGUCAUCAUCAUACGUUACAGCUGCUUCAACGCGACACGAGGAAACGACUAGGGUGUAAACACACGGGAGGACUGGAGGCCUUGAAGCGGCAUCCUUGGUUCAAGGACUAUGAUUGGGACGUGAUCGAGAAGAAGGAGGCGAUCCCGCCGUUUGAACCGGAUUCGAGAAAGGCCAACUUUGACGCGACGCACGAGCUGGAGGAGUUGCUGUUGGAGGAUAAUCCGCUCAAGGCGAGGAAGAGGAACCCGAAUUUGGACGUGACGACCAUGUCGGCCGAUUAUAGGACCAUGGAACAAAAGUGAGUUCCUUUGGGGUGCUUCUCCGUUGGAUCUGCGAGGUAGUAAAACUGACUGGGUCCUUUGGCGUUCAGUUUCACGCCGUACGACUUCACACGGCAACCUCGCAAGUCGUGGUUCGUGUCGGACGAAAAGAUGACCGCAGCAGCAGGCGGCGCAGCGGCGUCCUCCUCGACACCGACGGCGGCGGGCGACCUUUCACCUGCCUCUCUUCCCGUCCAUUCGCACGCCGUCAAGCUCGAGAACCAACCACUAUCAGACAUGAGCGUCGAGCAGGCCUCGUCGCAUCUUGGCUCGUUCCUCGAACCGAGUACAACAGGGAGUGGGCGUCAGAGUUUCGAGAUGCAGAGUACGGGCACAGGAUCGGCCUUGGCGGCUGCGGCGAGCGUAGCGGCGAACGCACCGUCGGAUCCGACACGACGGAUCGAUUCGGAGGUGCAUGGGAGUAGUCUGGACGCGUCGACAAGCGCAGGUUCGACAAGCGCAGGUUCAAAUUUGGGGACAAUAGGAAUGACACCUGUUCGGGCAUCGAGUUCGGGCAAAGCUUUGGAUCUGAAUCCGGUGCUCGAGUCGGCUCCUUCCUCGCCCCAAACAGGGUAG